CGUACAUGUACUGCAAACUCCAGAGGUCGAUUUUCUAUAAUAGAAAUCAUCCUGAGUCAACAGUGACUUAUAACACCUAAUACUCCGUACCAUCCAACUUCUCCGUGUACUCCAGUCGAGUUUAGUGUCUCGCAUUCUAUCAAGCUCUCUGUGUAACAUCUUGCUCUGACAGUGAUGGCCUCCAUGGUGGCUAAGAGACUAGGCAGACUAACAGCCAACACGACUUAUUUCUUCCUCUGUGAUAUGCAAGAGAAGUUCCGGCCCACAAUAAAGUACUAUCCUGAGAUCAUUACUGUGGCUUCCAAAAUGGUUCAAGCGGCUAAUAUAUUGGACAUCCCCGUCAUCUGUACUGAACAAUACCCUAAAGCACUCGGCAAUACAGUCGCAGAGAUUGACGUAUCCAAGGCAACGGUGUUCGCUAAGACCUUCUUCUCGAUGAUAACUCCAGAUGUGGUCAAGUGCAUUGAAGAGCAAUCCGACAGGAAAUCAGUCGUGCUAUUUGGAAUUGAAACACAGGUGUGUGUGCAACAGACUGCACUGGACCUCCUGGGGAGAGGAUACGAUGUUCAUGUGAUUGCUGAUGGUGUAUCGUCAAGGACACAGGUCGAUCGAAUAUUCGCUAUUGAGCGGUUGAGAGCUGCUGGUGCGUUUAUUUCCACCAGUGAGAGUGUCAUCUUUGAGUUGCUGGGAGAUUCCAAGCAUCCAAAGUUCAAAGAGGUCCAACCACUCAUCAAGACCUCAGCCCCUGACUCUGGUCUGCUCUCCAAGGUGUAGCUAGCUAGUGCGGGAGGGGGAAUGGACACAAAUACCAACCCUUGUAUAGAGAUGUAGCAGCUAACUAUAGAGAACUUGACGUGUGCAUGUAUGUGUGUAGUUACUAGUUGGCUUAUGAUUGAAAACUUCAAUAAUCAAUCCUUUGUGACUUGGUUGAUUCA